UUAGGCGAGCUGAUCUUGAGAAGACGUUCAUCAGACUUCAGUCAUCUAUCAACUUCAAAGAUGCCCAGCCCAACGACUCUGCAACAAGUUGGUGGAACAGCAGGUGCUCCAUUUUCAUUUACUGGUAAGAAGAACGGUGCCAGUUUAGAGAAGAUCGGGGUCUGGGUAGGAAAACAGCAGGUGAAGGCUGUCAAGGUUUGGCUUUCAGAUGGCAGAAUUGGGAGCUUUGGUACUCAAGACGGGCCGUAUCAAGAGUACACGUUCAAGACUGGUGAGGGUUUCACCUCACUAUCCCUGUGGGGGAACGAAGCAGGAACACAUCUUGGAGCCAUUAAAUUCAAGACCAGUAAGGGUGGAGAAUUUUUUGCAAAGAUGACGAGCUCGGGUUUAAAACAAGAAUAUCCAGUGGAUGUCGGCUCUGGAUUUUGUCUGGGAGUUGUAGGAAGAGCUGGUGCAGACAUCGACUGCAUGGGAUUCAUGUUUCUCAAUGCAGUUCAAUCAACAGUUCUCACCAAUGUUAACUAUCCCACUCUCCACCAACUGAUACCGCAGGUGAUUGUGGAAGAGAUCAAAUCUGGCUCCUACAUGAAUGAAACCUCCACUAAUCAACAGCAAACAAUUGAAACCUCAAAGAAAGUGACCAAAACAUCUUCAUGGUCGAUAAGUACAAGUUUUACGGAAACAUUUAGUGUGGAAGUGAAGGCAGGGAUUCCAGAGAUUAUAGAAGUUACAAUAGGAUACAGUGUCACUGUUGGAGGAGAAAGUACUUACAGUUAUGAGCACACCGAUGAGAGAACCGAAACCCUGUCUACCACUGUUGAUGUUCCACCAAGAAAGAAGGUGGAUGUUGACAUCACCAUCGGCAGAGCCACGUUUGACCUGCCUUACACUGGCACUGUGAAGAUCACUUGCAAGAAUGGCAGUGUGUUGGAGUAUGAAACCAAGGGUCAAUACAAAGGCAUCACAUACACUGAUAUGAAAGUAAAUACUAAAGAAUUUGAUCUGUGAAGUUAAGGCAGAUUGUUCUUGGCUGGAUUUUAUCUGAUUUUACCAGCAACGUAUCAGUUGAUCUACCUUUGAUCAUGUUUUGUUUUGACUUCCCUUCAACGGGUCCAUUUCAAAUGACUCUUUCUUUGCUCAAUGAUUUUAAACAGGGGAAAUAUAUACUCAGCAUUGUCUUUUCCAGAUAAUCUUUUCUGAUUCUGUUACAAAAUAUUCAUAUAGCUUCAUUCAUUUUGUAAUCAUCACUACUAACAAAUUAUCUCAUUUAUUUGAUGUUUAAUCAACUAUUUAAUAAAAGCAUUGCAUUUUAAAUGAA